GUUCAAGUGUUAAGUUGUGAAGAAAACGCUGUGCAGUGAACGGAAGUUGAAAUUUUCUCGAGCGAACACAGCUAAAAAUAUUUUAAAAAAUUAAAAAUAAUUAAAUUAUAAUACUUCAAGAAACAAGAGUGUAUAAUAUGACCGCAAAAUCAAUGCUCUACUUGUUGUUGGCAACAAUUGUCAGCAGCGCCUUGGCACAAUCGCCUGUGGAUUGGCAGCCACUACUCGACCAGCAGAACUUAGUGCUACGCCAGGUGGUGCAGGCACUGCAACUGACCCGUAGCGGCGCUGGCGAUACCGAUGCUUGCUUCGAUUGGUAUUUGGAUAAUCAAACCGCCAUCAAUGAAGUCUACUACAGUGAGUACAACUUAUGCGUGGGCGCAGCAACGGCAGCAAAGAAAUUGCUUUCGGAACAAAGUGCUUUGGAACGUCAAGAUCUCUUGGAUGAUGGCCAGUCACUUUGCUCAGCUUUGAGCGCUUGUCAAAGUAUCACUGAUGGUCUGCAAUUUUUCCAGUGCUACAAUCAGGCGUCUUACGAUAACAGCCCGAAUUUGUUUAACAUAACUGUCACAUCGGAGCGCAUUGCUGACAAAUUGAAAAUUUCAUAUCAAGCCAUCAACGACACCGAACGUGUGUGUACUACUAACGCGCGUGUUAAGAAUGUGGAAGACUUAAGUAUUAGUAGAGUGCAUCUGAACAACUGUUUAAUUGGUGAGUGGAGCCCCCCUGAAACGACCGACGCUGCCACAGCUUCAACUGACACCAUCACUGAAGUAACCGCAUCGACUGAAGCGCCCGGAUCGACCGACUUGCCCCCUGAUGCAACUACUGCGAGCGACGCUCCAACAUCUGCACCAUCAGAUGGCAGACAAGGCCUACCAGAAGAGGACUUAUAUGAUUUUAACUACAGGACAAACAUGCUACAGAGAAAACUGAACGGACGUUUUUAAUGUAAAAUUUCGAUAAUGAGAAAUACAAUAUAAUAUAUAUUACAAAUAUAAAUAUAUACAUAUACAUACAUAUAUGCAGAAAUUAUAUAGUCAUCUAACAGCAAAGUAAUUAAGCAUUUGAUUUUAAUGUUUUGAGAAUGUCGGAAUGUGAGUGUAACCAAGAGUUUAGGUAAUAAAGUAAAAUAUAUUUAA